UCUACUAUCGAUAAUCAUUAUAAUGGUCGGGUUAGAAAUUUAAAAUAAAAUCGAGAAAUACGAAUUAAAAUUAUAUGAAUCGUGACAGAUAUAUGAGAUGUUCAAAAUCUUUUACUCUGUUUUAUUUUCUUAUAAUUAUAACGUGUAUUUUCAACCGUAGUGUAGGAAUUGAAAAACGUACAGUAAACAAACAAAAAAUUAUGCUUUUCUAUUCUUAUGGUUCUCAAAUUCUAACAAGAAACCCUUGGGCAUCAAACCGUUUUCUCGUCAUCAAUAUCCCUCUCCGUUUUGCACUAAUUUUUUUUUUUCUCUUAAUCAUACUAUUUUUUUAAUGGUUAUUUGUUGGUUGCUCAUAGGAAUGAUAAUUACGUGACUUGUCACGGUCAAGAUUGAAUUAUUCCUUAUGAACAAUGAAUCGCUCAUGUACUUUAUCGACGUGGGUUGCUCUGUUAUCAGUUGGAGUAGGCUAUCCCCACUCUCUUAGAUAGACUAGCUACUAGCUAGGCUUGCCGAGAUGCAAUACAUAUCCAUAUUAGCUAUGCAUGAAAUUAUUUACACAGUUAAAUACAGGUUUAAUACACUUGCAUAGCCAUAAUUAUGCAAGUUUUGACAAAUAUAGCCAAAUUUUGAAUAAUAUACUAAAAUAGCCAUUCCGUCCAUAAGUUUAACGGAACAGUGAGUCAGUGACACAUACUGACUGGACUAACGUCACUUGCUGAUGUGGCUGACUUUUCAUCUUGAUCUUGCCAAGUUGAAAAUGACUUAUUUAUUAUAAUAUUAAAUGCAAAAAAGAAGAAAUAAUAAAAAGAGAAAUGAAUAUCAUCGGCGCUUGACCUUCCCUGCGCCUUCCAUGGCAUUCCUUCCCGUCGCUGCUUCAUGAUCUUCAGCCUCAAAAUCCCUUCUUCAUAUUAAAAAAUCCCAGGCAGCUCGGGGAAGGCGAGAACAGAGGUAUAAGGUGUUAGUUGCGGUGGUUGUUCUAGGGAUUCCCAGCAGAUGCGGUGGUUGAGAUCUAGCUGGAAAAAUUGCGGUGAGAUCUUCGACGCCACUUUCUCCUCCUAUUACUCUCCCUCUCCUCCAAGACGACUGUCGCUGCUACGAAGAAGGGAAAGUAAAGACGGCGAAAAAAUGGCGGUGGGGGCUCAUCUUAACAACAAAGAAAGCUUCUUCACAGGCGACGCCGCAGGCGCUGAAGGUUUGCAGAAGAUUAUAUGCGUUGAGCUUCGAUUUCUAGCUCCCACUAUGCUUGUUCCGGGUUUUGUGUCUUGGGAUCUGUUUUUAUCUUUGCUUCGCCCCUCGUCUGCGGCUUCUUCGUCUGACGCCAUCAACAGCGGUGGAUACUCGACCACUGAGCUACUCUUCACAAUCGGUUGAGUCGUCUAUGGACCUGAACACGAGGUGGAGGUGAUUUCGCUUGUGCGACGACGACCCAACCACUGGACGUAUGAUGAACGGAUUCGGGCUGGAAUGGAAGGAGAACUCGAUCUGGAGAUUUGGAGAUUUUUGGGCUUAGGGAUUUUUGAUUGGUGGAAAGGGAAAAUGAAAAUUUAGAUCUUUGGUUUUUGGGACGUAGGAUUAGGGUGGUGGAUCUGAAAGUUUUGGGCAAAGGAAAGAGAUCUGGGAAGGGUUUGUGGGAUUUUGAUUUUGAGAUUUUGGAUUGAAAGAACGGUUUUGUGAGAAAGGUUUGGGAAAGCAGAGAUCGAUCUUGACCAGGGAAUUUUGGGACGGCGAUCUCUUUUUUUUUUUAAGAUUUGGAAAGAGGGAUUGGAGAUGAAAUUGGUCUGAUGGGUUGAAUAGAUCGGUGGGCGAUGGAUUUGGGGGAAGAGAUUAACUUAGCGGCUGCAAUGGCUUAAAUUGGAGAGGCCGACGGUUACAGGGGAGAAGCUCCCACGGCGCGACGGGGGACGACGGGGCCGUCGCUGGGGAAGGGUCGAGAUGGGAGAAGGAGAGUCGGAUGAGGAAAGUGAAAAAAAAAAGAAAUAAUUUUGAAAUGAUAAUUUUUUAUUUUUUAUUAAAUAUGAUGUGGCAGCUAGGUGGAACGACUUGGUAUGUUGGAGGUGAUGUGGGAGCUGAGGUGGCAUCCACAUCAGUGUCCUGUUAACGGUGUUAAAUCUUUUAAUGGAAAUGACUAAUUAUGUCAAACGAGUUUCUAAAAUGUGACUACAACUGUGUAUUUUUAAAAAAGUGGCUAUUGUUGUCAAAAUUUGGAUAGUUAUGGCUAUGCACGUGAUCGGAUCAAAGAUUUCCAAAUUUCGUGGGGUAGGUACCUUGUUCAUAUUAGAGUGUGUACUGCCAUUCGUUUGUUUCUUUGCCGAGGAAUAUAAUCACAUGUGACACACAAUAACAAAAACAAAAGUUAACGAGGUUGCUCAACCAUGUGAAGAUAGUUGUCCGACUACCAUUGUUAUAUACAUGGUAAAGGAAACCGUACCGGACAUCAUAUCGGAUUCCUUUCUGGUAUGGUAUUUUAUGGUACGACCGUGGUUCAACCGUUUUGUACCGGUAAAUACCGUUUUUCACUAUUGAUAGAGAAGUGAAAUGCGAUAGUAUAAAAAAUAUAAUCCAUCAAAAAAAGAACCAAAUAGAGCAUUAUACAACCACGGUGACUCAUUUUCAACAUAGAAAAAUAGCAAAAUAAUAUUCUUUUUAAUUAUUUUCCACAUAUUGGACGAGAAUACGGAGAAAUGAAGCUGAAUCAUAGACCAGACGAAUCAUACCGGCCGGUUCAACCGGUCAAACCGAAAAAACCGGCCGGCACGGUAAAAUCAGCACAAUCAGCCCACCGUACCGCUUUUGGUCCAAUUUCCGGUUGAACCGGCCUGUACGAUCCGGUUUCCUGGUCUAUGGUUAUAUAUAUAUACCAAAUACGAAUAUUGUGGCCAGCUAGGCUGGCAGACCUCUGCGCUCUGCCCCUUUUAGGAGUCCCACAUUUGUGUCAUUAUUAUACAAUAUAUAUGGCCAAGAUUAGGGGAAUAUAGUUAUUAGAUAUACUUUCAUAUGUGUCGAUAAAACCUAAUCGGGUUCACCCAUGAAUGAAGGCCCGCGGUCAAUAGGAGUACUGAGUGCAACGGUUUAGUUCGUACCAGAUGCAAGCUGAUGCAAGCCUGCGGGCCGAAUGUAAAACCAAUCGUUCUUUGGUCUCGUUAAUUUUAUAAAUACGUAUUGAAGCA